AUGCAUCGUGCAUCCCAAGCCGCAUCCCAAGCCAACAAAGCUCCCCACCAACUCGCCAUGAAGAUGAAGAGCAGGACAAGCCUUGUUCUUGGGUCAUGUGCUGCCAUCGCAGCUCUUCGCGGGGCUGACGCCUUUGUGCCACCGACCGGAGGCUUUGCGACGGCGCGCUCGUCCGCCGUGCAUGUAUCCAGCACCAGCAGCCGGCGAGGUUGUUCGGGAGUUGAGAGGAGCGCACGGCCGAGAAGGACAGGGCGACAGCAGGAAGGGCAAGGGGAUGCACUGAUGGCUCAGAUGACGGAUGAGGAGAUGGCCCUCGAUCAGGCGUUGAUACAACGAGUGACGCAGGAGGUGGAGGCAGAGUCCGGGGUGGAACUGGACCAGCUCAUCAAUCCCGCCAAGGUGAUCAAUCUAGAGCGGGAUCUUGUCAAGCUUCGUGCUGCAUUGGAAGACGAACCUGGAACCGACCGAGAAGCGAUCGAGGAGGAGAUCGCGAAGAAGGAGUCCACAUUGGUGAAGGAAAAGCGCAUGUACAUGCAGGGCUGGCUCAAGAAGGUGUUCGUUGGGCAAGCCGUGAUCACGACCAUCUUGGGAGGCCUGAUGGCUAGCGACCAGGUGCCGUUCUUCCCUCACGUGGACAUCUCCAUCCAAGUGCUGGGGUUCUGGUUUGUCUGGCUCUUCACGGUACCGUCGCUGAGAGCGAGAAAGCCAGGGGCGUCGGAGAAGGUGGCCUUGGACAUUGCCUUCCUCGCCACGCCGGUCGUGAGCUUCGCCAUGCCCUUCAUCACCAAGGAGCCGGUGCCAAUCUAUUGGGCGAACAUCGCUACGUUGGUGGCAUGCUACGGGUACGGGUUCACGGUAGGGAAGCCGGAUGACGGAGAAGGAGGAGCUAGCAAGAGCCAACCCAAGUGGCUCAAGUUUAUCUUCAAGUCCCUCGACUUUGGUUCUGGGCAAGAGAGAGGCGUGAGAGGGGCUGCGCGAGACCGACUGAACGAAAAGAAGCAAGAGAAACAAGAACAAGAACAAGAAGAACAGUCCCAAGACUAGCUGGAAGCAGUGCAAGCACACGAACUCGCAGACUGUUGAAAGUUCAGCAUUGUGACAGCAAACUCUGCUCUUGUUGGCAGACCGUAGGUGAUUGGUACUUGGCACACCGACCUUUCAGCUCGGGCCACGUCCCAAGGGCAUCGAUUUUCAGGACGGUGGAUUUCGCCACCUCGUUGUGGCGCUGUUCCCGCCCCCAAUUUGAGUCGCCUCAACGCCACCUCGCUACUGUACCUAGACUAUUUUAAUGGCGUCAACGUGUUGCAAGUCCCUCGAACAAAUAUCAGAAUGGUGAACCUGUCCAGGUGUAGGGUAGUAAGUCGCAACCCCGACUGCGCCAUGCAUGGUUCGGAUAGUUUCUUUGUGUUUGGGGACUCCAAAAUCCUGUAGCUAGGCUAGGCUAGACUUUACACUGCACCGGCUCGUGGUUGCUCUUGCUUGUUUUCAGCGUUUUUCAGCGUUGGACGUGUAUGCGGAUAGUGCUCAUGUCGUGGCGUGGCUUCGUGUCGUGUCUGCGAGUACAAGCUGGACUCCACGCGUAGUUCAUGUCAUGAGUUUUUGCUGGCCUGC